GGGCGGUUGGGAUGGUUGUAUGCAGCCUUGUAAAGAAAGCCAAAGCCAACCAACACUCAAAAACAGAAUAUUUAAUCUUCUGUCAAGGUCUGAGCCCAGAGUGAAGAGGGCUACCCACUCAAGUCUCCCAACGAAACGCGAUCGAACAGAGCGAAGGGUGAGCUCAACUUCAACCAACCAAAACACUUCAAAACCAGACGAACAACGCCAGCCGAAGAUGGCAGCCAUCACUCUGCGUCUCAUCGGGGCGAUCUACCUCUUCAGACUACUCAACGCGCUGCUCUGUCGGACGUACUUCCAGCCAGACGAGUACUACCAAUCCUUAGAGAUCGCCCAUCGGCUCGUCUUCGGCUACGGAUACCAGAGCUGGGAAUGGCGUCCACUCCCCGACGGCUCCACCGGCGGCAUCAGGAGCCCACUCCACCCCUUCCUCUUCGUCCCCCUCUACUGGCUCCUCCGCAUCCUCCGUCUCGACCACACCCGGCUCAUCAUCAUCCUGCCCAAAGUCCUCCAAGCCGGCAUCGCAACAGUCACCGAUCUGGCCACCUACUCCCUGGCCAGCGUCCUCUUGACGCCAUCCUAUGCGGCUGCUGCGACAGCUGGCAUGCUCCCUCACCUCGCUCUUCAACGCCUAUGCGGGCAUCAGGACGUUCUCCAACUCCCUCGAAACCGCACUCACUGCCUCCGCCCUCGCUUAUUGGCCCUGGAACCCGGCUCAGAUCUCCUCCUCAUGGGCCAAUCUCUCCUUCUCCAUCCUCCUCAUCGCCCUCUCCGUCAUCAUCAGACCUUCCUCGAUCCUCUUCUGGUCUUUACUAGGCUACACUCUCCUCCAAAAAUCUAAUGGCGAAACUCGAAUGGACGUGAUGGCUAUAGUGGCAGUGAUGGGGGUCAUCUCCGCUCUGGCCUGUUUCUUGAUAGAUUCGAGCUUUUAUGGUGUAGCCACCUUCACCCCACUCAACUUCGUCCGACAGAACCUUCUCAACGACAUCUCUAGCUUCUAUGGGGUCAACCGCUUGCACUUCUACUUCACACAAGCGUUCACCUUUGUCAAUUUCUCCAUGUUCCCGACGGUGAUCCUAGGGAUGAAUAUGCUGGCGACACCCCAAAACGAUCACGAGAGUCGCGGACAGCUCGACAGGCUGCGUUCGGCGCGUGUCGCGGUGUUGGGGACGAUGUUGGGACUCUCAGUGCUCAGGCACAAGGAGUUCCGCUUUAUCGAGCCGCUCCUACCGCUCUUCAACUGCUUUGCGGCCCGGGCGAUGGUGAACAAUUACAUCAAGGACCGGCUCGCCCGGCCGGCCACCUCCCCGGCCGACGUCAGCCCACUCGAGCGCAUCCUCUCCGCCCGGCCACUCGGCUUCAUCCUCAGAUCCUCCAUCUCUCUCCUCGCCGCCGUCUAUCUCCUCGGCUUCCAUUACAGAGCCCAAGUUUCGGUGAUCGACUAUCUCCGCGAGGUGCCCGACCUCCAGCUGAAGAGCGUCGGCUUCUUGACACCCUGUCACUCCACCCCUUGGCAGAGCCAUCUUCAUAAACCGCAUCUAGCUCCCAAUGGGACUCAGGAACGUCUUUGGAUGCUCAACUGUGAACCGCCGCUGGUCUCCUUCCAAAACAGCUCUUUAUCAGAAGCGGAUAGCACGGCCAACACCACAACCUAUCAGAACGCAACCGAGAGUGAUGAGGAUUCAGAGCGAAAGAGGGAGACGAUAGCGACGACGAAGCAGAUGAACGAGACGAGAGAGUACGAGGACGAAGCAUCAGAGUUUUACGGAGACCCGACAGGGUUCCUGAGGGCCCGGUUCCCGGGGACGGUCGACCGUGGGUACCCGGCGACGGACAAGAGCCUGCAGAGCUACCAAUGGCCGUCCCAUCUCGUCCUCUUCGAGGCCCUCUGGAACCACACCUCCGUCCGCGAACUCCUCCAGACCCUCGGAUACCAAGUCGUCUGGAACCAGACUAAUGGCUGGUGGCAUGACGAUCCUCAACGGCGCGCUGGAUCGGUCAUCGUCUUGCGUUCCGUCUGAUGGUCGCCCCGGCGUCAGGCCCUUCCUCAUAGACAAUCACAACCUCCCCCCCCCCCCCCCCCCAAAAAAAAAAUGCAGAUAUUAUCUUGCUCUUUCCGGCCUCUACUCGUCGCAUUCCAAUUCUCCUAUGUCCCAUCAUCGCACAUCCUUCAACCUGUUUCUCGGUCUAGUUUUUUGUCAUUUUCGAUCAGUUUGAAGUUUCUUAUUUUUGUUCUUUAUUGUUGCUUUGAUGAUGAAUGAUGGUCCGAGAUUGGAGAUACAAGACUAGAGAGCCUGUGGAUUGAACG